AUGGAAUCGGUGUCGUCUGAAGGCGGAGACGCCGUCGUAAAGAAUCUCGAACCGUCUGUUGGGGUUUGGCAUUUCCAGAUUGCUGUCUAUUUCGCCUUCGGUUUCUUCUUUCUAAGGCUCCUCCUCGAUAGAUUCGUCUUUCAAAGGAUAGCUGUCUGGCUUUUGAGUACCGGUUCUGCGCCGAUUAAAAUGAAUGAUACGAGUCGUGCUAAGAUCGUCAAAUGCAAGGAGUCUUUGUGGAAACUCUUGUAUUAUGCUAGUUGUGACAUAUUCGUUCUCAAUAUCCUUUACAACGAGCCCUGGGCCAGAGAUAUAAAACUCUACUUUGACGGUUGGCCAAAUCAAGAGUUGAAGCUUUCGGUAAAGCUUUACUAUAUGUGCCAAUGCGGGUUCUAUGUCUUUGCUGUUGCUGCGUUGCUUGCGUGGGAGACCAGAAGAAAGGAUUUUGCUGUUAUGAUGUCUCACCAUGUAAUUACAAUCCUCCUGAUUAGCUACUCCUACUUAACGAGUUUUUUCCGAAUUGGAGCAAUCAUCCUAGCCCUUCAUGAUGCAAGUGACGUGUUUAUGGAAACCGCUAAAAUUUUCAAGUACUCUGAAAAAGAAUUCGGAGCAAGUGUGUGUUUUGCACUAUUUGCUAUCUCUUGGCUAUUGCUAAGGUUGAUAUACUUCCCAUUUUGGAUCAUCAGGGCCACAAGCAUUGAGCUGCUGGGUUAUUUGGAUAUGACAUCAACUGAAGGCACCUUUAUGUACUAUUCCUUCAACACAAUGUUAAUGACGCUUCUUGUUUUCCACAUAUAUUGGUGGUAUCUCAUUUGCGCCAUGAUCGUAAGACUACUUAAAAACAGAGGAAAAGUGGGAGAAGACAUAAGAUCUGGUAAGGCUUUUGUAUUUUUGUUUAAACUCGGUUUUGAAUAG